GCUCCGAAGGGCCCCGAGGCCACUCCGGAAGGGCCCGAGGCGGCGCCGAGGCCGCUCCGGAGGCGCCCGAGCGGGUCGCGCCGGUGCGGAGGCGGCGGGAGGCGAUGAAGCGCGGGCCGGGCCGGGCCCGGGGGUAGCGCGGCCGAGCGAGCGGCCAUGGCGGCCAACAUGUACCGUGUCGGCGACUACGUCUAUUUUGAGAACUCCUCCAGCAACCCAUACCUCGUGCGCCGCAUCGAGGAGCUCAACAAGACAGCUAAUGGCAACGUGGAGGCCAAGGUGGUCUGCCUCUUCCGCCGGCGAGACAUUUCCAGUAGUCUCAACAGCUUGGCAGACAGCAAUGCCCGCGAGUUCGAGGAGGAGUCCAAGCAGCCAGCCAUGACGGAGCAGCAGCGGCACCAGCUCAAGCACCGCGAGCUCUUCCUCUCCCGGCAGUUUGAGUCGCUGCCGGCCACUCACAUACGGGGGAAGUGCAGCGUGACGCUCCUCAACGAGACCGACAUCCUAGGGCAGUACUUGGAGAAGGAGGACUGCUUCUUCUACUCUCUGGUGUUCGACCCCGUGCAGAAAACUCUUCUGGCCGACCAGGGUGAGAUCCGGGUCGGUUGCAAGUACCAGGCAGAGAUCCCGGACCGGCUGGCGGAGGGCGAGUCUGACAAUAGGAACCAGCAGAAGAUGGAGAUGAAAGUGUGGGACCCCGACAACCCCCUGACGGACCGGCAGAUCGACCAGUUCCUGGUGGUGGCACGGGCUGUGGGCACCUUCGCACGCGCCCUCGACUGCAGCAGCUCCAUCCGGCAGCCCAGCCUGCACAUGAGCGCAGCCGCCGCCUCGCGCGACAUCACGCUGUUCCACGCCAUGGACACACUGCAGCGCAACGGCUACGACCUGGCCAAGGCCAUGUCCACGCUGGUGCCGCAGGGGGGGCCGGUGCUGUGCCGCGACGAGAUGGAGGAGUGGUCGGCCUCCGAGGCCAUGCUCUUCGAGGAGGCGCUGGAGAAGUACGGCAAGGACUUCAACGACAUCCGGCAGGACUUUCUGCCCUGGAAGUCGCUGGCCAGCAUUGUGCAGUUCUACUACAUGUGGAAAACUACCGACCGCUACAUCCAGCAGAAACGGCUGAAGGCGGCGGAGGCUGACAGCAAGCUGAAGCAAGUCUACAUCCCCACCUACACCAAGCCCAACCCCAACCAGAUCAUCUCUGUGGGCUCCAAGCCCGGCAUGAAUGGCGCCGGCUUCCAGAAGGGCCUCACCUGCGAGAGCUGCCACACCACACAGUCGGCACAGUGGUACGCCUGGGGCCCCCCCAACAUGCAGUGCCGCCUCUGCGCCUCGUGCUGGAUCUACUGGAAGAAGUACGGGGGGCUGAAGACACCGACGCAGCUGGAGGGUGCUGCGCGUGGCCCCACGGAGCCGCACUCGCGGGGGCACCUCUCGCGGCCCGAGGCGCAGAGCCUCUCGCCCUAUGCCAGCAGCGCCAGCCGCGCCAAGCUGCUGGCCAAGAACCGCCAGACCUUCCUGCUGCAGACCACCAAGCUGACGCGCCUGGCGCGCCGCGUCUGCCGCGACAUCCUGCAGCCCCGGCGCGCCGCCCGCCGCCCCUACGCCCCCAUCAACGCCAACGCCAUCAAGGCCGAGUGCUCCAUCCGGCUGCCCAAGGCCGCCAAGGCGCCGCUCAAGAUCCACCCGCUGGCGCGGCUGCCCCUCGCCGCCAUCGUCAAGGAGCUGGCGGCGCAGGCCCCCCUGAAGCCGAAGACGCCGCGAGGCACCAAGACGCCAAUUAACCGCAACCAGCUGAGCCAGAGCCGGGGCCUGGCUGGUCUCGGGGGCAAGCGGGGCUACGAGAGCGCUGGCGAGGGCCACCGGGCUGCCCGGGUGGCAGGGGCGGGGCUGCCCUUCUCGGCCAAUGGGCGCCCAGCGGCCGCGGGGCUGCGCCCGGGCUCCCAGCCGGCCGCCAAGCGCCAGAAGCUGAACCCCGCCGACGCCCCCAACCCCGUCGUCUUCGUGGCCACCAAGGACACCAGGGCGCUGCGCAAGGCCCUGACGCACCUGGAGAUGCGCCGCGCCGCCCGGCGCCCCAACCUGCCGCUCAAGGCGAAGCCGGGGCUGCCGCUGCGGCCCGGGGGGGCCCUGGUGCCCCCUGCGCCCCCCCACCCUGCCAGCACCUCCGAGCCCAUCGUCCUGGAGGACUGAGCCGCCGGCCCUGCCGGCCCCGCCCCCUUUUGUAUUUUUUUUAUUUCCAUAGCAACUGCGGUGGUGGGGGAAGGGGUGGGGGCCGGAGUGGCCCCCCCUCCACCCCCCUCUCCGCGGGUCCCUUUUGUACAUGGAGUGAGCGCGAGCGCCGGUUUUUUUAUCUCGAGCUGCUCCCGGGCUGUAGCAACAGGAAAUAAAUGGACGCCUUUUCUUCA